AUGGAACAAACCAAAAACUCUAGUAACACUUUGGUACAAUCUCCAUUAUCCGAACUUCCAUUUGAUCAUAUAAUAAAAUACUCAUAUAAAUAUUCCGAAGACCCAGAUUUCGAGAAUUUCAAGGAAUCUGAUAAAAUACAAUUAUUUUUAAAGUUUUUGAGUCAAAUAUGGUCAUAUUUAACUGAUUCCUCGUUAUACAAUGACUUAAAACCCAAGAAAAACCACAAAUUUGUCCCAUUUAUGGAAAGUGAUGCCAUAAGGGAACAACUUUGCUCGAACAUAUUCAAGUUUCUCGAUAAUUACAGAGAAGAAGUAUCACCUAAUUCAAAGGAUAAUGAUUCUCAUUCUUUACUAACAACUGUGGCCCAAGGGCAUCUGUUGACUUGUUUCAAGCUUUUGUCUUCGUUAAUAAUGUACAAUGAUGGAGAAUUGAGUGAAUUUUCAGUGUAUCCCCUGACAAACCUGGUCAAGGUUUUUAUGAAACUGGUCCCAUCAGCCGUUGAUCUAUCAACGCUUUUGGACUUUUUAACCGAUUUGGUCAAGAAUUUAUCGCAUGAGAGUUGCUUGGUGUUUGGCAAUUUUAUAGUUGAUAGCACGGAGUAUUUUUCGAAAAUUUUCAAGGAAUUGGAACUUAAUCCGACAUCCCAAAGGCUCUUGCAAACCUGUGGAGCUAAAUUGAUUGGACUAGUAAAGGUUUUUGAGUCUAAUUUUGACCAAUUUUUGCGUGACCCAAAGUAUUCCAACAACCUGUUCCAUCUAAGAUUUCUUUUGGCAAUAUGUUUACCAAUUUCACAUUUAGGAAUUUGUAAUCGCCAGUCAGUAACAACUGAGCCGAAGCCAGUAAAUAAGGUUACCCAGGAGGAAUGGAAUAAGUUAGAAAGAACAACACUGCGUUCAAAGUGUGAAAGUAUUUCUGAUUAUGAAAUUGCAACAUACGAAUCACUGCUGCCAUCUUCAACAACUAAAGUUCCACCUAACCAAAUCUAUGAUAUUAAAUCAUAUUUAAACAUCGGUGAAAAAACUGAAAAAACCGGUUUUAGAAGUGUAAAGAUGCCAACCUAUGAAGUUUAUUCUAACUUUUGUGACUUGUACACUUUCCUACAAAACCCAGAAAUUAUACUGGUGAAAACACAAGAGUAUGUAGAAGAGUUGCAAAAAAACUAUACGAAAGUGUUGUCGUUUGUAAAUACACUAGCUGAAACUAGCAAUGGAACUGUGGUACUGGGACCAGAUUUGGAUUUUGUGCUUGAUGAGUUUGACGGGGGUAUGUGUGAGUUUGCUAAUAAGGCCAUGGAUUUGACCUUUUGGUCAAAUUUCCUAGUUUACUCCUGCCUAUCGUUCCAAAAUUUAAAAUCGUUUCACAAAAAAUCAAAAGAAUCAACAACAUAUCAAUUACUCAAGGAUAGGUGUGCAACCGUUUUGGAUAAUAUUUACAAGAACGUCUGGGCCACAAUUUUUAAAAUCAGAAACUUGGCUCAAACUACAAAUUGCCUCUUGGAUAAGGAACAACACUGGAUUAACUGGAAGUUGAAUGGCUGCAGUGAUGAGUUGGAGCCGGUUAAUGACAGCAAAUUCGAGUUGGUUCGCUCGGAAUUUAGCUUCGUGCCGGAUGACGAAGACUUGGAUGAACCCGAAACCGAAGAUAAAAGUGUUUUAACAACUUUGAGGGAACUGGAAAAGAUAUCGCAUAAAUUCGGAGAUAAAGACUCAUCAAUAGGAGUAAAUUAUGUGCCUAUGAUUUCAGACAUGGAACUGAAUAAGGAGUCCAAUUAUUGGUAUAUCCAAGACUCGGAUCAUGACUUCUCAAAGAUGAGUUGCGAUGAUCAGCUGUUGAUGAAGUUCAACGACUACUGUAAGAAGCUGGACAUGGACGAGGACCCUGAAAAUGAUAUUUCCGAAAACGAAAGAAGCAAAAACAACCCUCUCUUUAAGUUCAGGUUCACAAGACUUUUUGGAAAAUUCCACCUGGAAAAGUUCAUGGAAAUGAGUAGAGAUGAUUUAGCCUCAGGGAGCGUGGAAUCCAUGCUAAAGGCAAUCCGUGAAACCAAGGGAGAGGCUAAGGUAUCGCCAACAAGGAAUCAGAAAAAAUAA